AUGGUAGAAGACAUCAAGGCCGACACCAAUGGUCACUCCGAGCCUCGUCGAGAGGGUGUCUACUACAACCCUCGCUUGGACCCUAAGAACUACCUCGAGGGGCCCUUAUCCUGGAACCCGGCUACGCGUUUGCGGCAAAUGUUGGCCCGUCCUGGUAUCAUCGCUGCUCCGGGCGUGUGCGAUGGUAUCAGUGCUCGCUGUGCAAUUGAAGCAGGCUUCACCUGUCUAUACCAAAGCGGUGCUGCCACCACAGCAUCCCGCCUGGGUCAACCAGACGUAGCCAUUGCCACAUUGAACGACUUCGUCCAGAGCGCUCAGAUGAUCUGCAGCCUCGACCCCACCAUGCCCGUAAUCGCCGAUGCUGACACUGGGUUCGGCGGGCCCGCGAACGUCGCGCGCACAGUCUGGCAAUAUGCCAAGGCUGGUGUUGCUGGUAUGCACAUCGAGGACCAGGUGCAGACUAAGCGCUGCGGCCACUUGCUCGGCAAGCAGGUCGUCUCCCGGGAAGAAUUCGUCACUCGCAUCCGGGCCGCCGUCAUUGCUCGAGACUCCAUCCCUGGAGGAUCAGACUUCGUCAUCAUUGGUCGCACCGACUCCGCGCAGGUGCUGGGAAUGGAGGAGGCUCUCACCCGGUUGAAGCUCGCUGCAGACGCCGGUGCCGAUGUCUGCUUCAUCGAGGGUGUCAAGACCUCUGAGCUCCUCAAGAAGACUGUGGCGGAGUUGGCCCCCAAACCCGUGCUGGUGAACGUCAUCUCAGGUGGCUUGACCCCCUCCUUCACCUACCAGCAGGCUGAGGAGAUGGGCGCAAAGAUCAUCAUCUACUCUCUCGUGUCCUGCGUCGCUGCCACCCAUGCCAUCCGGGAGGCCAUGCACCUGCUCAAGAAAACCGGCACCGACUUCACCUCGGCGCGGGGUAUGGACCCGAAGGCGUUCUUCGAGGUUAUGGGCCUGAAAGACAUCAUCGAGUUAGAUGCUGCCGCUGGAGGGACGGCGUUCAAGCAGGUGUAA